GCAGGAGCGGCAUCUUGCAGCAGAGGCGUCAAGCCUAGUAGAUGGGGAAGAACAAGAGCAGGAAACAGGGCAGAUUAGUCAGUUAGAAACUACCAAUCAACAUGACAAGGACGAUGGCAAUGGCAUCUCGGGCGAGAAAGAGGCACCGACCGCAGCCACCGUAAGCAAGAGUCCGGAAUUUGAGCCGCCCCUGUCCAGCGUCACCAAAAUCAUUCGACGGGCAGUAGGGGACAGCGUGCAGGUCGGCAAGGAGGCGAAGGCGACUUUCACGCGCGUGGCCGGCAUAUUUAUCCUGUACAUCACGGCCUGUGCGAACGACUUCUCAAGGGAAGGGAAACGGGCGACCAUAACUGCCAACGACGUGUACCAGGCUUUGAAGGAGUUGGAAUUCGAAGACAUGGUCGAGCCUCUACAAGAAUUCUUGCGCCGGUCGAACGAAGAGAAGAAAAACAAAGCAGAGAUCAAGGCAAUUCGAAAGAGGGAGGCGGCAGAGGAGGAAGUGGGCGACAGCGGAGGCGAGAAAGAGGUGGGUGUGUGCCGGGUGACAGGGGAGUGGGGGCAGGGACUUGCAGGGCGUGGGGGCUUCAGAUGGCGCGCGGGGGAGGACAAGGGACGGGGAGCUAGAGG